AUGUGGGAAGAAGUGAAGGCUGUAAUUGCAAUGCUGGCGGUCCAGUUUAUAUUCGCAGGAAUGUUCAUUUUCUUUAAGAUAACGGCCCAUGAUGGUACAAAUCUCAGAAUCCUAGUGGCUUAUCGUCUCUCCUUCGCUACCCUUUUCAUGUUUCCCCUGGCCCUCAUCUUCCAAAGGAAGAAGCGACCACAAUUUUCAUGGAAACUGGUCUCACUAGCAUUUCUUUCGGGGUUGCUCGGAGCGGCUAUACCAAAUAUUCUCUAUUUGCCGGGCCUGGUUCGUACAUCAGCUACAUUUUCGACUGCAGCCAGUAUCCUUAGUCCGGUGAUCACCUUGUUAUUGUCAUUGGCAUUUAGGAUGGAUACUCUACGGCUGGGAUCAAACGAAGGGAGGGCUAAGCUUCUGGGGACGCUUCUUGGUGUCGGCGGGGCACUCGUCUUUGUGUUAUAUAAGGGUUUUGAGCUUCAUAUUUGGUCAACACAUGUUGACUUACUUAAAAGCUCGAAUGCUGGUCAAUCUUCUGGUCGAGCCACGGAGAACCACCACCACAUCUCAAUAUCAGGGGUUCUUAUGGUUUUUGGCUGUAACGUCUCCGUCUCACUUUGGUUACUAUUGCAGGCAAGCAAAGAACUUGGAGGACAUUUAUGGAACAUAAGUUUGAUGAAUGCGACGGGAAGCUUGGUGUGUAUGGCUGUUGCUCUCUGUUCAGAACAUAACUGGAAGCAAUGGAGAUUAGGAUGGAACAUUAGCCUUCUUACUACCGUUUAUUCGGGAGUCGUGGUUUCAGGGCUGGUCAUGCCUCUUAUUGCUUGGUGCAUUGAAAAAAGAGGACCGUUAUAUGUUACAGUGUUCAGCCCCAUAAGGCUGGUGAUCGUUGCCCUAGUCGGAUCAUUUGCUUUAGAGGAAACGCUUUAUUUGGGAAGUAUAAUUGGUGCGAUAAUAAUGGUGGGAGGAGUAUACCUAGUGGUGUGGUGUAAAAUGAAGGAAAAGAAGAGUGUCUCUACGACAUCGAACCACGUUGAAACAAAUGCUAAUAUCAAAGAAGUGAACCUUGGCAACAGUAAAUAA